AUGAGCACCUCCCACGGCUCCCCUUCUACCCGGGAUGCAACGACUGAACUCAAGACCAGCGACACAUACCAUCCCUCAGACGCCCGCCGACUCGAUCAGAAGGAUACUUCUCGGGCGCUGCUCGAGUACACAGUGUACCUGGGCCGCUGUAUCGCGGGUGCCAAUGGCAAGCCGACCAACACUUCCGGACCGGGAAGUAAGCGCAAGUAA